UCCGUUACACCUACAAUAUCGCUCGUUGGUCACACUGUUUAUACAGGUUGCAUUUGCUCGAUCUGAUAAAGGAGUUGCCAAAGCCUUCACAUCAAAGAACUCUGUCAUCUAUACGCAUUCGAGUUGUUCGUACCAAUGAGAAUCGUUCGCUGGUCCACACUGUUUUCACAGGCCGCCCUUGGAUCAUCAGAUAAAAUAGUUGCAAAAGCUUUCAGACCAGCAUUCAGUCAUCUGAAUGGAUUUUAGCUGUUCAUAUCAUCGAUAUCGUGAAUUGGUCACGCUGCUUUUUUCAGGAUGAAAUUUCUUCUGCUGAUAGAAAAAGUGACUUAUACACUCAGACCGAAGCCUUCAAUCAUCUAUACGCAAGUGGGCUAUCCUCACUGCUAUUUAAAUGAUUAAUUGAUUACAGUCAGUUAUUAACAGUGAGUUUACUAUCAUCUAACAUUUUCUGAGAAAGGAGUGACAGGAGCUAUUAGACCAAAGCCUUCGCUCACCUUAACGGUUUUCAAAGAAGUUGCAGAAACAACUACGCCAAAUUCAUCAGACAUCUGAUUGACUUUGAGCUGUUCACGUCUCUCAUACCCAUUUAAGGGUCACACUGUUUUUCACUUACUGAAUUUACCUCAUCUGAUAAAGAAGGUCAAAGAGACGUUCCCACCAACGUCGUCAGUCAUAUAUACGAAUCUGAUGUGUCAAUCGUUCCUUAAUGGUUACUCCAUUCCUACAGGGUUAACACCGAUCUAUAUAUUGAUGAAGGAGACUUAGAAUAGAAAUUAGUUACACCCAGACUUUACUAUUUUCGAACGUAUUUUGAAGGGAUGAAGCACUGAUGUCAUCAUGGCAAGGUGUAAGACGACUUCCAAUCGGUGGAUGACAAUGGCGAUAUCGCUAUUGAGGCUUAUCAUCGUCCAUAUCAUUGUUUUAUGGAAUGUUGGCAACUCGCAGCAUUUAUCAGAGGUCCGCUUGGUGAACGGCACCAGUCAGUUCUCGGGCAUCGUCGAGAUCCUCGACGGGGCGAGGUCGAUAUGGCUGACGGUAUGCCACACGCCAUCGUGGGGUAUCAUCGACGUCCAGGUCAUCUGUAGGCAGCUAGGUCAGGCAGGAGCCAGUCGGGCAUUCACGGUAGAGGAGACCAACCCUGAUAGACCGAUAUCCUUCUACAACCAACUGUUCAGCUGUACAGGAAGCGAAGCGGAAAUCAACGAUUGCCCCCGGACUCCUCUUGAUACCAGUACUCUAGAAGCGUGUACACCGGCUUGGGCUAGUUGCUAUGAUGAACACUAUCUCGGUUGCUACGGCGAUAGCCGGUACGACCGCGUCCUAACCGCGGCAAACUACCCCUUCACAAGCGUCAUGUCCCCGCAGGUCUGCAUGACCUACUGUAUGGAACUUGGACACAUGUACGCUGGGGUCGAGUAUGCGAGUGAAUGUUACUGCGGUAGUGCCGUGACGGAUUACGCGCGUCAAGGACGUUACGCAGACAAGCACUGCCAGGUGACGUGCGUCGGGAAUCCGACAGAGAGUUGCGGUGGUGUGCAGAAGCUCGCGGUCUUUCGCACUGUGUUACAACCAAUAUCAGCUCCCACGACAACUGCUGAAACGACGGUCGCCACAGCGUUACCAACCACAACCGCUCAGUCGACGCCCGAGGAAACCACUGCCGUAUCCACAAGAGGCCGAAAAACCACUGCAAAAAUCCUUCAGACAGAUAGGAGGGCGCCACCAACGACGAUCUUCAGUCGAGACAAGGCCUCAACAACCGCGGUCGUACAGUUUACCGGGCAGAACGUGUCAACAUCAACUAUUGCCGGCCUGGCAGCAGGUGGCGCCAUCCUCUUUCUAGUAUGUACUGCCGUGCUUCUCUUCGUGUCAUUACUGUACAGACGGCGGAGGAAGAAAGCAUCCAUCAUGGCGGAUCCAUCUCCUUAUGCAUUGUCCGCCUCAGUGGAGGUCGUCAUGGACACCACCUACUUAGAUCCGAUGAACUCAGUCGGGGACUCAGCCGUCUAUAGUGGACUUUCUCAUGUCUCUGAGAGUGAAUUCGACAGCUCCUUCGGAGGUGGGGAUAGACCAACCGAUUUCUCCACCUAUCUGGGACUGACCUUCAAGGAGAUGCAAAAACGACACGACGAGGAGUACGCGUCGCUCAACGCACACCACAAGAACGAAGGUAGCUUCGUAACGACCAGUAGUGGGGAUGUUGGAGAUUUGAGUGAGCUGGCAACCAACAGCGAUGCGUCAGGGUUUGAAACUAGCCAAGAGUCAGUCGGUAAUGGCGUGCCUUUGGCCAUACCCAGUAUACGACACCCUAUCAGGGAUGAUCAAGAACAGGAAUUGUACGACGAGCCACACAAAUCUGGAAUAUAUAUAUCAGGGACAGGUCUUUGCCCCUUCAAAUACGGUUUCGAGUACGAUGCGGGAAUGUAUUCGCCAGUCCACCAAGGGUCGUACUGCGAGAUUGGUAGUGGAGCAACUGAAAGUCAAGGCGAAAAGCUUGAAGAAGGAUCGCACGGUUUGAGUCAGGCAAUGGAGAAACGACCUCCUCUGAGACCUCCAGUUAUACGAGAAUAUGCCAGUGUUUUCCCUCAUCUUUCACAGACUGAACUCGGUACAAAUCAACUUGACACUGAGACGGGUAGUUGUCAUAUUAGCGGACGCUUAGAAAGCGGGGAAUAUGCCACAGUAUCAGAUCUAGAUUUCAAGAGCCGGACGUCACGUCUUCCCAGUGACGCACCAGGGUACAAGCAAAAACAUUUGAACACCUUACCAGCCUCUGUCCGAUUAAGUACAGAACCACAGCUUCGGGUAGGCAGUAGACGAAAUGGUGAUUAUGAUAGUGUUUAUUUCGAGGGUAGAAAACAAUCCAAAACGCUUCCAGAUUCCAGAAGACGACGUAUGAUCGAGAGCGUCCCGUUUCCUUCUGUCCUCUACCCUGAUUAUGCGACCAUUGGCGACGACAGCGAAAUGCAAUUGAAAUACGAAUUCACAAACGAUGACACCUUUGAGACUGAAGAUGUUGUGAACAACAUGGACCACUCAUAUUCAUAUGUAGAUCAAAAGAAACUCCUGAUAUCAAAGAACAAGAAAUGCUCCGUCAAGGACCUUUCAAUUUCAUCUGAAUGGAGCGUUGAAAAUCCAAGUUACGAAAAUGUAAAUGGCACAGAGAAGUGCUCAAAGACCACUCCCAGGAUAUCUGUGUCCUCGAUUCUGUCCCAGAUGUCUCCUCGAGGGCAACUGCGAAAGUAUUCGUCUCUGGAGGAAGAGUGUAGCAACAAAGAAAAGCUUGAAACUUUGAAACCUGUUGACAACCAAAAGAGGAAACCAUCUGCGACAUUGCCAAGGGACUUGCGCCCAUCCGAAGUAGAAUACGCCGUAGUGGACAAGGUAUCAAGAAACUCAGAACCAGCUCUCUUUGCCAAGAAACUUCCGAAUUUGGGCGACGAUGAUUAUGACGUUCUCCAACAUGCAAGUCCCGAAUAGAAACCACAUGUUCUUUGUAUUAAAAUUGCCAUACUAAUAAUAGACAAAUAGCCCGGUCUAAGGCAAUAAUGUGACAAUCGUCGAUCUGUCAUUAAGGGUUCUAUAAGCUAGGGUGAUCGAAGUACCGUUUUAAUUUGUGAUAUUUUCGUAAAAAUAUUGAAGGAAGACAAAAUAUUAUUUCUGACCAUGUUGUCGCCAAAGUGGGGAAUGAUUCAUAUUUUUUUAAGCAUUUCUGGAAAAAAAAAUCAGUAUUAAAGAUGAAAUAGAAAGAGAUUAUUUGCGAAUGAUUAUGAUGAAAUUCUUUUCAAAAAAUUGGGCCUAUUAUAUUCGCAGUUCUUUUGUAGUGCUUUAAAAAUGUUUGCCUACUUGCAUAUUGCACCAAGCUUAUAGAUUUAGAGUUAAUUAUAAAUAAUGAAUAAUUUUUAAAUAGUUUUCGAAUAAUCUUGGAAUAAUUGCUAGGUCUCCUCCCUAUUGAGUAAUUUUCAUUCAAUUCCGAAUUCAAGGAUUUCAUCUUUAUUUCAGCAAUGAUUCAUUUUUAACACCAUAUUAAGUAACUACGGAACACGAUAUCACAUUUUAUAUUACAUUCUUUUUAUCGAUAAUUCGUCUUUCGAUAUUUUAUUUCUAUGAAAGUGUUAUAUUUACUUUUUGUCUUUGAAUUCAUCAAUAUGGUUAUUCAUAUUUGUAAUUUGGUUAAGCUUAUUCUAUAUACAGGCAAAUCUGCUCUUCACAUGUCUUCCAAGACUGGGCAGAGAGAUCGUCAGGUUAGAGUGAUUGGCCCGUAUUCUGAACUCGGGUUUGAAUUAAACCCUCGUUUAAAGUGGUGGUUAAAAUAAGGAGAGCCAAUCGGGUUAAAAAUCUUUAACAGUACACAUCCAAUUAUUGAUCGACUCAUGUGACAUCCAAGUUGCUCAUGAUUGUCUGGGAAUGAUAAAUGAAGUAUUUUCUUCAUCAUGAAAACAAAAUAGUAAACAUAAGAAAUAUACAUUAGA